AUGGGCAAGCGAGGGCGUCAGAGUGGGCAAGGGAGGGCGUCAGAAUGGGCAAGGGAAGGCGUCAGAGUGGGCAAGGGAAGGCGUCAGAGUGGGCAAGCGAGGGCGUCAGAAUGGGCAAUGGAGGGCGUCAGAGUGGGCAAGGGAAGGCGUCAGAGUGGGCAAGGGAAGGCGUCAGAGUGGGCAAGGGAGGGCGUCAGAGUGGGCAAGGGAAGGCGUCAGAGUGGGCAAGGGAAGGCGUCAGAGUGGGCAAGGGAGGGCGUCAGAGUGGGCAAGGGAGGGCAUCAGAGUGGGCAAGGGAAGGCGUCAGAGUGGGCAAGCGAGGGCGUCAGAAGGGGCAAGGGAGGGCGUCAGAGUGGGCAAGGGAGGGCGUCAGAAUGGGCAAGGGAAGGCGUCAGAGUGGGCAAGGGAGGGCGUCAGAAUGGGCAAGGGAGGGCGUCAGAGUGGGCAAGGGAGGGCGUCAGAGUGGGCAAGGGAGGGCGUCAGAGUGGGCAAGGGAAGGCGUCAGAGUGGGCAAGGGAGGGCGUCAGAGUGGGCAAGCGAGGGCGUCAGAAUGGGCAAGCGAGGGCGUCAGAAUGGGCAUGCGAGGGCGUCAGAAUGGGCAAGCGAGGGCGUCAGAAGGGGCAAGGGAGGGCGUCAGAAUAG